CUUUAUUCUAUCUAUUCGACUUCAUUCUCUGUACUCUGUAGCAUUCUACUGAGUUGAGUGUCUAGUAUCUUACGAUACUCUCAUCAGUAACCACAGGUUGUACUUACAGUGGCAAGGCUGUGCGCGACCGACUGCCAACACUAGCCUACCACCUAAUCCUGCGCUAAACCCAAAUCUGCUCUCGCUCUCCCUCAUUCCUCUUUCACCCUCUUUACUCUUCUCUCUCCUUCAACCUCCCAUCUAUCACCAUCCAUCCUACAUCGUCUUCGAUCUUCUAAUUAUCGUCGUUUUGUGUGGACUGGCAAGAGAAGGAUAUCAUCCAUCUCGAUUGAAUUCUCCAGGAAACCACUCGAAAACGAUCCCUCGAUCCUCGAUAAUUCGAUUCAUCCAUCGUUCCAUCCAUCCACCAUCCUGGAGUACUAAGCUAUCCAAGCCAGCUGCCGUCGGUGCGACCUUCUCCCCCACCCUUUCACCACCACCACCAUGGCAGACGGCUUCCAUCCUCACGGCCACCCGAUGCCGUCCAACAAUAACAUCGAUGCUGGCGAACUCACUCACCAAUUCGAACAACUUAUGCGCAACAAGCGAUUCAACCGACUUCAAGAACAGUCGCAGCAAUCUCGUUCUCACCCUCCUUCGCCAGCUUUGUCUGCUUCUCCUGCUGCUUAUCCUCCUCCACCCCCUUCACGGGCGCCACCACCGCCGCCCCCGAUCGCUCAUCACCAGUACCCUGCCUCUCCUCAACCGCAACAACAACAACAAUCUCACAGAGCAUCGCCCUCUCCAGCAAUCAGAGGUCUUCCGGUCGUUCCUGCGCCGCCGCAAGAUCCGUCUUCGCUGAAGUUCCGAAACCUACUCCAUGUCCUGUCUGUUACGCCGACCAAAUACGAAAACCCUGGCCUCCUGGAUGAGGCCCUGGCCUUGAUUCCGCUCGACAGGUUAUACUCGGAGGCAGAAGAGGAAAGCCAGAUCAUGCAGGCUCAAGCCGCCAGUGUAGGGGGAAAGCCUGAAUGGGGUUACCAAGAUUGCGUCAUCAGAUCCCUCCUAAGAUGGUUCAAGCGAUCGUUCUUCCAAUUCGUCAACAACCCUCCUUGCCCGCGAUGCUUUAUGCCUACGAUCGCUGGAGGCAUGACUCCCCCUUCUCCCGAUGAGACCGCCCGUGGCGCCACCCGAGUCGAACUCUACCGAUGCUCUGAAAACACCUGCGGCGCCUUUGAACGAUUCCCUCGCUACUCGGACGUCUGGCAACUCCUGCAGACGCGUCGUGGUCGUGUUGGUGAAUGGGCCAACUGCUUCAGCAUGUUCUGUCGGGCGAUCGGUGGUCGUGUUCGUUGGGUCUGGAACUCGGAGGACUACGUCUGGACAGAGGUCUAUUCGGAGCACCAGAGACGAUGGAUUCACGUCGACGCAUGCGAAGAGGCAUGGGAUCAACCACGUCUCUACACUGAGGGAUGGGGUCGCAAGAUCGCUUACUGCGUCGCCUUCUCGAUCGAGGGCGCGACCGAUGUCACCCGACGAUAUGUUCGAAGCCCAAGCAAGCACGGUUCUCCCCGCAACCGCGCUCCCGAAGAGGUCCUCCUAUGGGUGAUCCACGAGAUCCGGAAUAAGCGUCGAGGGGAACUGGGCAAGACCGACCAGAAGCGAUUGGUCAAGGAAGAUGAACGGGAAGAGCGCGAACUCCGCGCCUACAUGGCCUCUGGCCUUGCUGCUGAAAUCAACAACCUCUUUCCUCUCAACCAGGUCCCCGACGAACAGAAGGUCCGUUCAUCUCACCAAGAGGCCGCUGCGGAGUGGCAGACAGGAGGGCGGUAAACUCGACGCACCGGUUUUAUUUCCCCUCUUAUCUACUCGUCUUAGAGUGCCAGGAUUCGCCGGUCGCAUUACUCUAUCGCCGACCAAAUCGCACCUGGACACUCGACACACCCCGACCGAUACGAAGGCAUUCGGCUAACCAUGUCUGACCAUGCUUCACUUGGACGAUGAAACUCCCUGUCUUCAAGUUCGCGCUGCUCUACGAGUCAGGGCGUUGGUCUAUGGACUCACCAGCACGAAUCAUCGAUCGGUACUCCGAUUUAGGAUUGGAGCACAAUGCUCCUUACUUUUUUCGUCGAAGGGCCACAGGCCCGGGAUCGUUCGAGAUGAGACACAGUGUGCACUGUUACUACGAUUUUAUCAUUUGACAUCCACGGCUGACUGCCGACUUUCUUUUAUUCCUGUCACAUUAUACCAUCGUUGGAAAUUUCCUUUUUUUUUUUUUUUUUUUUUUUUUUUUUUUUUUUUUUUUUUUUUUU